AUGCAUAGGGCGUACCACAUAUCAGCGAAGCUAUGGUCGCAAAUUAAUCGGUUUGCAGCAUUCCCACCGACAGGUGUGUCGCUUCGACAAAUGGUGAUUUUCGGGCGGAAUGCCAAUCCUGGAACCCUGUUGCUCGCAAGCUCGUUCUUGAUGGAGGAAUUGCCUGUGCGAUUCGCGCAUCGAGUGAAGGAUUUACAGGAGCUACCUGGAAAUUUGUCUGAUAUGCCAUCCAUCAUCAAGGUCAAGAACUGGUACGCGCAGUCAUUUGAUGAACUCGUGUCGUUCCCUCAGCCACACUUGCCUGACUCGCUUCAACGGAAGCUACUCAAGUCGACUGUGUCGGACACGCUGGAACCAGCGCCAGCGACACCCAACCCAAGUCUGGAGGAAAACGCGUUGUUGGAUGACGGUGUAUCGAAAACUCAUCUGAUUGCGAAUAGCAAACGGGCGGAGCAUUCGCCAAUGCGGCGACGGCCAACACUGAACUAUGGGACGCAGACCCGGCUGGAUGGCAUUGACUGGCCAGCGGAUGUGAUUGAGUUCAACAACCGAUUUACGCGGUGUCUCGAGCGUAUCAAGCACCGGCACGACGGCGUAGUCACGACGAUUGCACAAGGUGUACUGGAGUACAAGCGUGCAAAGAAGAAUAGCACGAAUCAAGCAGAUUUACAAGUGUUCUUGGACCGUUUCUACAUGUCUCGCAUAGGUAUUCGCAUGCUGAUUGGACAACACAUUGCGUUGGGCCGUGCGUGUAUGGCACCCAAGAAAAGUGCGCUCAAUUAUCUCUCUGCGCAAGCGACAAAAGGCGCAUUGAGUGAUGUGAGUGGGAGCGAGCCUGAGGAGUAUGUCGGAGUAAUUUGCACAAACACGAAUGUCGGGGCUGUGGCGCAUGAAGCUAUUGAGAAUUCGCGCUUCGUGUGUGAAGAGCAUUAUGGCUUGUUCCGUGCACCCCCAGUCCAGCUUGUAUGUCCAAAGAACUUGACAUUCAUGUACGUGCCAAGUCACUUGAACCACAUGCUGUUUGAGCUGCUGAAAAAUUCGCUGCGUGCGGUGGUAGAACGAUACGGCGUUGAAAAUGAGGACCAUUUCCCACCGAUCAAGGUGAUUGUCGUUGAGGGCAAAGAGGAUAUCACGAUCAAGAUCAGCGACGAAGGUGGUGGCAUUCCCCGCAGUGAAGUCCCGCAGGCGUGGACGUAUAUGUAUACCACCGCGCGUUCGGAAGACUUGGACCCAGAUUUCCAUUCGUCCGACUUCCAGGCGCCCAUGGCUGGCUUUGGUUACGGUCUUCCGCUGGCUCGUUUGUAUGCACGCUAUUUUGGCGGCGAUCUACGACUGAUCUCGAUGGAAGGCGCUUGCAUGUGUUUGUUCAUGCUUGCUUGCGCUACCCGUGUUUGA